GCUGAUAGAGGUGGGCCCAAAAAGAUAAAACGGUGGCGAUUUGGGCGGCGAUACGACCGGGAAUGUCUCUCUGAAACGGUCUUCGUGUGCAUAUAUAAUUUAAAAACUCAUUCUAAAACUGUAAAACCACGAGGCUUUCGGAGCGUAAUUUGAAAAUAAAAAAAAUCAAAUCCCUCAAAAAAAAAAAAAAAAAACAAAACAAAACAAAAAAACAAAAAAACCAAAAACAAAAAACAAAAAAAAAAAAAAAAGAAAAAGGAAAAAAUCACCACCUCUUUCUCUUCUCCUCCACAAUACUGCCAGAGCCAGAGCCAGAGCCAGAGCCAGCGCCAGAACCAAACACUGUGCUACUGCUCCCCUGAGCUUCACGAUACCAUACGGGUUUGAGUGACUCAGAGAAGCUUUUGUUUGGUUUAGAUGGAUAGGUAUCAGAGAGUGGAGAAGCCAAAGGAAGAUUCAACGCCUAUAAAUGAGAACGAGAUUCGUAUUACCACCCAAGGCAGGAUGAGGAACUAUAUUACUUAUGCCACCACUCUCCUCCAGGAGAAGGGAUCCAGUGAAAUUGUUCUCAAGGCAAUGGGUAGAGCUAUCAAUAAGACAGUGAUGAUAGCUGAGCUAAUUAAGAGAAGAAUUGUUGGUCUCCAUCAGAAUACAGCUAUUGGAUCAACUGAUAUAACUGACAUGUGGGAGCCACUAGAAGAAGGCCUGCUUCCAAUAGAGACCACCCGCCAUGUUUCAAUGAUCACGAUUACUUUGUCGAAGAAGGAGCUUGAUAUAUCUUCCACAGGAUAUCAACCUCCUCUUCCAGAUGAUCAAGUCAAACCGUUAAACGAUUUUGAGGAUGAAGGAGAGGGCUCACCUAGGAUGCGAGGCAGAGGACGAAGUGGUCGAGGAAGAGGAAGAGGAAGAGGAAGAGGAAGAGGCAGAGGCAGAGGAAAUUAUAUUGGAGCAGUGGAGUAUCAUGGAGAUGGUUGGGAUGGGGGGCGUGGUUUUGGUGGCAGAGGUAGAGGCCGUGCAAGAGGUCGUGGGUUUCGGGGUAGAGGCCGAGGCUAUGGCGGUCAGCCUGGUGGAUUCUAUGAUGAUGGUGAAUUAGGGGCACCCCAAGGCCGGGGGCGAGGACGUGGCAGGGGUGGUGGGCGAGGACGAUCUCGUAAUUUCGGAAUGGAUGGACCUGUGCAAGCAGCAGCUGCUUGAGCCAGACCAAUGGUGAAAGUGAUAUGGAUGCCUGCUCUGCUCGUGAUAUUGAUGAAGUUUGCUGAUAUCUCUUUGGGCCUUAUAUUUCCUUCCGUAUCAUAUAAGUGUUGCAGCACUGGUGCUUGCAGUUUUGUUUUUGUAGCUCAUGAGGUAGGAGCAUUUAUUAGUUAUAUAGCUAAUCAAGUUUUCAUCACAACCCACAAGUGUUUGUAUCAUGUUUUCCCUUUGGUAGCAAUAAUAGAGCAGUACAUUCUUUUA